ACCUCACAGCCAGAUUUAUAAACCCUGGUGGCAGCUUUCGUCUUCUGAGUCCUUGGCCGAUUCUUCAUCGUUCCAGAUUCGUCGGUCGAUCACGUCGAUCUCGCCCUCCAAACCCUGAGAGCGCUUGUUUCUUUGAAGCGAGCGAGAGCCAGAGCCGGGGCAUCGGGAAGAGAUCCUCGACUUCGCUGCCGAUCGGGGAUGGCCAACCCCGGGUCAGAGGCCUCCGAGCAUCUCCGAGAGCAAAGCCGACUCUGCUUCUGCUUUAAGCCCUUGAUUUUCUUAGCAAGACUCUUAGCAAGACUCUCUCUCUCUCUCUGUUCCGAAGCUUGGCAUUCUAGAGAAGCACAUGUACCAUCAGCUAUUCUAAUGGGUGGUUCUUCGAAUAUGAAAAGGACUUACGAUGUGUUCCUCAGUUUCAGAGGGACAGAUGUCCGCCAAGGCUUCCUCAGUCAUCUCUACGCGGCUCUGGACCAGAGAGGAAUAUACACUUUUGUGGAUAGCGAGGAGCUUAGGAAAGGAGAGGAAAUAUCGCCGACGCUCAUGAGGGCGAUCGAGGAAUCGUGCAUCGCGAUCAUCGUUUUCUCUGAGGACUACGCCUCCUCGCCGUGGUGUUUGGAAGAGGCUGUGAAAAUCAUGGAGUGCAAGGAGCGAACGGGCCUGAUUGUGUUCCCAGUGUUUUACAAAGUGGAACCAAGAGAAAUAAGAGGAGGAAGAGAGAGUUAUGGGAGAGCUAUGGCUAAGCAUGAGUCCAAGUUCGGUAAGGAUUCAGAGAAAGUGAAGAGAUGGAAGGAGGCUCUCUUUGAAGCCGGUAGCUUGUCUGGGUGGGACUUGAAUGACAGAGAUGAAGCAGAUGUCAUCCAAUGCAUCAUAAAGGAAUUAUUGAUUCAUCUUGACCGAACACCCUUACAUGUCGCUAAGUAUCCAACCGGAAUAGAUUCCCAAGUUCAAAAACUGAUACGGUUGUCACAGAAAGAGUCGAUUGAUGAUGAUGAUGUUAUGAUGAUAGGUCUAUGGGGACCUGGAGGCGUUGGAAGGACGGCAGUUGCCAAGGCCCUAUAUAAUGCUAUGAUGAGACAAUUUGCGGCUUGUAGUUUUUUGGAGCAAGUUAGAGAAAAAUCAAACCGAAGCGAUGGUCUUGUUACUUUACAAAAGGAUCUUCUAUCUCAGAUCCUAGCUCAUCCUAUAACGGUCUACAGUGUCGCUGGAGGAAUUAGUUUGAUACGGGAAAGACUAUGUUGCAAGAAGGUUCUCCUGUUUCUCAAAUAUAUGCCUUAGCUGGAAGAAGCAAUUGGUUUGGCCAAGGAAGUAGAAUCAUUGUUACGUCAAGGGAUAAACAUUUACUAACUUCUCAUGCCAGAAAUUGUGUGUAUGAAGUUAAAACUUUACAAGACGACAAAGCACGAGACCUUUUUGGUCAGCACGCCUUUACAAAUAGCAAUGAAGUAGAAAUAAGAGGGGAUCUCAUUGAUGGAGCACUGCAUUAUGCCAAUGGCCUUCCAUUAGCCCUGGAAGUGUUGGGCUCAUUCUUACGUGGAAGAAAGGAACCUGCAUGGGAAAGUGCACUGCAUAAACUCUCCAAAAUUCCUGAACCAACUAUCAAUCAAGUUCUCAAGAUAAGCUUCGAUGGAUUGGAGGACAAUGAGAGGGAGAUUUUCCUAGAUAUUGCUUGUUUCUUUAAGGGGCAGCGUACAAUCUACAUCAAGGAAGUUCUUGACAGCUGUGAUUACGACACAACCAUAGGAAUAGAAAUUCUCAUCGAAAGAUCCUUGAUAAAAAACGAGGGCACGACCCUGCAAAUGCAUGAUUUGACUCAGUUGAUGGGUCAAGAUAUUGUUAAUCAGGCAUGUCGUGAUGAUCCUGGGAAGCGUAGUAGACUAUGGCUUUUUGAAGAUGUUCGGUACAUUCUAUGUGAAAAUACGGGACCGAAUGCAGUAAAGGCCAUAGCAUUGAACUCGCCCGCAGCAGAAGAGAUGACCAUUAGUCGUGGUGCUUUCACAAACAUGAAAAGGUUGAGAAUGCUCAUCUUGCCUUAUGUGCGUAUCUCUUCACAAGGUCCUAUACGCCUCUUUAAUGAGCUAGGAUGGGUUGAAUGGCCCAAUCCGCCGGAUCUAGAAUUUGGCCCUGGUCCAAAGAAACUCGUGGGACUCCAUUUCCAGAACAGUCAUAUCAAACAAUUAAUAGGCAACUGUCAGAAUUUUGUAUGUUUGAAGUCCAUCAAGUUAUGUGAUUGCAAGUCCCUGGUUAGUGUUCCUGACCUUUCAUCGGCUCCACUUCUGACGAGCAUAUAUCUUUUGAGGUGCGAAAAAUUGGUGGAGGUUCACCAAUUCGUCGGAGAUCUUGACAAGUUAGAAAGUGUGUUCGUAUUAGGUUGCUUUAAUCUUAGGAUCUUUCCAAACACACUCAAGACAAAGUUUCUUCAGCGGCUUUCUCUCUCUGGUUGCUUUAAACUUGAGAAAUGCCCUGAUGUUCUGGAAAAGAUGGAACAUCUAAAACAUUUUGAUAUGCAAAGGACGGCUAUUAAAGAACUUCCUGCAUCAAUUGAAAAUUUUGUCUCUGUAGAGUCAAUAGAUUUAGGAUAUUGCAAAAACCUCACAAGGCUUCCAUCGAGCAUUCAUAAGUUGAAAAAUCUCAGGUCUCUGAGUCUUUCCAACUGCUCGAAUCUUGCCAUGUUUCCAAAGAACUUGGAGGAUUCAAUUGAUCCUGAUAGCGAUUUGGGAUGCCCAAGUCUAAGUUGGCUAGACCUUCCAGAGUUCCUUGAGAAUGCUUCAGUCGUCCUAAAUUGAUGCACCUAAAUCUUUCAAAUAACAAGUUUACUCAUCUGCCGACAUGCAUCAACAAGUAUGAUUAUUGGAAAGACUUGUUUGUUUAUAGCUGCAAGCAAAGCAAAGGGGUCAGUGUGGCUGAUGUGUCAUCACCCAAGGUCAGACUCUCUCUCUCUCUCUCUCUCACUCUCUCUCAUUUGGAAUUUUUGAUACGUGUACUAUCUGUAUGACAGGAAGUUGAGAUUCUUGUAAAUGGAAGAGAGAUGCCUGAAUGGAUUCUCCAUUGUAAAGAGGACUCCAUAUCUUUCAUGGUUCCCCCAGACAUAUAUGACAAGUCCUUAGGAGUAGCAGUCUGUGUUAUUCUUGGCCAGUAUAAAAGAAGCCCGUUGGGAAUGCUAUUUGAGGUCAGCGUAUUUGUUAAUGGCAAAGAAGAGUAUUGGAAUGCUAAACUUGUUAAUCCACUUGAAUCCGAUCAUGUAAGGCUUGUAUAUAUCCCAAGCAACAAUAAGAGAGGAGAAGAGAAGCUUCUGCAGAGCGAUUGGAUCCAUAUCCAAGUUUGCUUCAGAACACCGAAAGGAAGCAUAAAGAAGUGUGGAUUCCGUCUAAUAUGCGAGCAACAGGAGGAUGAUCUGAGGGUUAGUUUUCCAACACUGUCAGCUGAUGGAAACGAAUUGGAGUUUCAAGGGAGGAUACUCCAAGGAAGACAAUUUUCAACAGAAAUCGAGGAAAGAGAUAGUCCAUGGAAGAGAAUUUGACAAGGAAGAUGGGUGGUCUUUAACGGUGGCGAGAGUAUGGGUUCCGCUCGCACCACUUCAUGAGGUAGCGAUUCUUGGGGAUGCGAACUGGGUGAUCUUGAUUCCAACGUCUCUUGCUUUUCCCUGUUUUUAUUUUUCUUUUUCUCGUCUCUACUAGAAAUUUGUAAAUGUCUGCUCCUUCGAUGUCAAUUCAAAAUCACGCCUCUUGCUUUUCCCUGUUUUGUCUUGCCUCUACUAGAAAUUUGCAAAUGUCUGCUCCUUCAAUUAGAAUUCGCACAAUGCUGCAGACAUGGUUGGGAAACCUUUUA